AUGGUGUCUUAUACUGACUCCGAGAUGUGCUCCUCGCUCAUUCUCGACUCCUUCUGCCUCCUGGUGCUUCUUUGCAUCCCGGCAGUGUUGACAGCUAAGUGUCCACAGCAGUGCGUCUGCGACCAGAUCCAGCUCACUGUGACCUGUGUCAACAAGAACCUGACCCAAGUGCCUCCGACAGUGGACGAGAUCACAGUGAAGCUGGAUCUUCGAGGUAACGAUAUCCAGGAACUUCCCACCGGGUCCUUCAAGCACACCCCCUACCUGACUCACCUGUCGCUGCAGCGCUGCAACAUCCGCAGGGUGAAGGAGGGGGCUUUCCGGGGCCUCGGCCGCCUGGUCUUCCUCAACCUGGCCAACAACAACAUUGACAUCCUCUACCAGGAGUCAUUCGAUGGUCUGUCCUCGCUGAAGCAGCUCAUGAUCGACCGUAACCGUGUGGAAGAGAUCCAGCCUGGUGCUUUCACCCAGCUGGGCUUCCUCAACCUGCUCUCUCUCACACACAACCAGCUGGUCUACAUCCCCAACUUGGCGUUCCAGGGUCUACAAAAUAUCAAGUGGCUUCGUCUCAGUCACAACUCUCUCAACUACUUGGACAUCGAAGCCUUCGCGGGUCUGUUCACGCUCACUCGCCUCAGCGUGGACCACAACGAGCUGCAGUUUUUCCCCACGGAGACGAUGACCAGACUUCCAGAAGUGACUCGUCUCGACAUGGGCUACAACCCCAUGACGUACUUGGGAGAGGAGGUGGUGUCUAUGGCCAAGCUGACCCACCUCUUCCUGGACCACAUGUCCCUGCAGGACAUGGCCAACACGGCCGUGUCCAAAUGCCCCAGCCUCGUCCAUCUGGGCAUCAGCCACAACCAGCUGCGCGUCAUCCAGCCUUUCUCCGAAGGCUCACCCAACCUGGCACGCCUCAACCUGGCGGGAAACCCCAUUUACUGCAACUGUUACCUGCGCCCGCUCAGAGAGUGGGCUAUCCGCAGAAAAGUGAAACUGAUGGGGACAUGCGGAGGACCGGCCCAUCUCUCGGGGGAGAACCUUGAAGCUGUCCACCCAACUCAGCUGCGCUGCCAGAGCCAGGAGGCCAUGUUGAAGGCUGAGUUUGAGGAGGCCACCAGGGUCACGCCACGGCCAACCGCGGAGCCGGAGAACAAAGUCAAAUGCCCUGCUAACUGUGUCUGCGAGGCAGAGACGCACCAUUCGUCAUGUGAGAACCGUGGCCACAACAAGGUGCCUCGAGGUUUCUCGCCCAACACGCGUCUACUGGACCUGCGAGGAAACCACUUUCACUACAUCCCCAGCAACAGCUUCCCCGGAGUCACACAGGUGGUGUCGCUGCACCUCCAGCGCUGCAAGAUCGUGGAGGUGGAGGGAGGAGCUUUCAGCGGGAUGAAGGGACUCAUCUAUCUAUACCUGUCUGAGAACGACCUCUCCUCCCUCAGUCCCGAUGCUUUUAAAGGUCUGCCCCAGUUGACUUACCUUCACCUGGAGAAGAAUCGCUUUGCCAACUUCCCCAAAGGAGCCUUCAAGCUGGUGCCCAGUCUGCUGGCUCUUCACCUGGAGAACAAUUCCCUCACCAGGCUGGAGCCAGGCAUCAUGACGGGGGCGGAGGGUCUCAGAGCGCUCUACCUCACCGGGAACGCCAUUGAGCAUGUGUCUCCCAGAGCUCUGGAAGAAGCCAACGACCUCGAUACGCUCCACCUUGGUGGGAACAAGCUGAAGGACGUUCCCACAGAGGCGCUCAGCAAGACCGCGAAUCUCAGGGACCUCAGGCUGUCUGGAAAUUCCAUCCGCUGGGUGGGACCGAAUGCCUUUCAGCCUCUGGAGAACACGCUGAAGGAGCUGUAUCUGGAUAACAUGGGUCUGGAGAAGAUGUCACAGAACUCCCUGACAGGCCUCGGUCCAGGGUUAAGAAGUCUUUUUUUGGAGGGCAACCAGCUGGAGGAGGUUCCCGAUUUUCACUCCCUCACCUCUCUGGAAGUAAUCAACCUGGCUGACAACCCUCUGAUGUGUGACUGCCCUCUGCUGCCACUGCGCAUGUGGAUCGAGAAAGUUAACCUCAAGGUACGAGCAACCUGUGCCAACCCCCCUGAACUGAGAGGCCGAAAGGUCAAAGAUGUUCACGUUUUCAAGGCCUGCCCGGGAGGAGAGAGUCUACCCGCUGUCCCCACCGCCAGACCACCCAAGGCGACCAAGCCCAAACCGAUGCACCUCAACGGCCUCCGGCACAUCAAAAUGAUGAAAGCCAAAACCAAGAUGCGCAAGAGCCCGAGCGCGAAACAGGGAGCAGUGAAGAAAUCCAGCAAAACCACAAAGAAACGCAGCAUGGCUUGAACCUGCAGACUCUGGGUUCUGAGUCCAGAGCUUCCAGCAAAGUGACAGAGAAAAUGAUUUCAAGGGUGAAAAUCCAUUUGGACUGUAGCUGUGCUGCAUUUUGCACCUCGUCAGU